GGACAGCUCAAUGUCUCGAUGUCGCUAUGCUCCCAGGGCUGGAUGUCAUCAAAACAAGCCUGAGCAGCACAGGCUCAUAGUACAGGCUAACUUUCUUUAUGAUCGCCGCUCCUUCGAACUCCAAGUUUGUUCUAUGGGCUCAAUCUCGAAGAUCGAAUGGGCCCACAGUGAUCACUGUGACGGAGCUGUUUAAAAAUGGACGACUGGAUCAUGAUUGUGGUAGUCAGGGCUAGGCACCUUUUUUCAAACAUAUUAUCACAAGACUCUGCUGUGUGUAUUAGCGCGCGAUCUUAUAUUUAAACAAAUCACACGGGCAUCCGGUCAACAAUCUGACGAUCUCU